GUUGGUAAGAUAUUCAUCCAUUCCUUCCUUCCUUCCUUCCUUCAAACUUGAAUUUCGAUUCGUCUGAUCUAAUCAAUGAGAUCAAAAUUGGGGUUUGGUUGCACUUGCACUUGCAAUUGCAGGUCUUUCUUUAAUAUUAAGGUUUCUUUCUUCUGUUGAAAUGGUCUGUAGUAAUUAUACUUCUUCCAAUGAAUCUCAUUGUUUAAUCCUGAUUAUACAUUUCCCGAAAUGCAAUUAGCGUCAAAUGGUGACAAGGAAGAAUGUUCAGAAAGCGAACCCAUCUUGAACCAGCAUCUUAAUUUGCCACCCUCUGCCGAAUCCUCCUUUUCCUGCGAAAUUAUUCCUGCCACUCCCAAUGACGAUGAUUUACAGAAUGUUCAUGUUGAUGAGACUUGUCAUCUCGUAAAUGCCGAUCAGUCACAAUGCAGGAUAUGCCUUGAUAUUGGAGGAGAAGAUUUAAUUGCCCCUUGCCAUUGCAAAGGUACGCAAAAGUAUGUCCACAGAUCAUGCCUCGAUAAUUGGAGAUCCACCAAGGAGGGCUUUGCUUUUUCUCACUGUACAGAGUGCAGAGCUGUCUUCAUAUUGCGUGCAAAUGUCCCACCAGAUCGGUGGUGGUUGAGAUUAAAAUUUCAGUUCCUUGUUGCUAGGGAUCAUGCUUUCAUUUUCAUAAUUGUUCAACUGGUUGUUGCUUUCUUGGGAGUGCUUGUGUACAGAUUUUAUGGCGAUGAACUGAGAGAAAUGUUUGGUUAUGAAGAACAUCCAUAUGGAUUUUAUACAAUGGCUGUCCUAGCCAUUGUUUUGGUGGGUUUGCUCUAUGGCUUCUUCAUAGCAAUAAUAUGUGGCCAAAGAAUUAAUGAACGCCACUACCAUGUUCUUGCCAAACAAGAAUUGACUAAGGAAUAUGUGGUAGAAGAUCGAGAACAUGUAAAGAAUGUCCCUGAACUUGAUCCCAGCCAUGUGACAGAACUGAGGAUGUUGGGCCUGUACUAGCUGGAAGCAUCUUACGCACAGUGAAUUUGUUGCAUUUGCAGCUUGUCUCCAUGGCCCCUCACAUUUGUACACGACUUUGGUCUGUUCAGGUGGAUGUCCCGUUAAUAUUGCUGUUGGGGCACCAACUGCAAGUGGCACACCCACAAGGGCCUCGUUUGUUCCAAUACCCUGUGUACUCUAUUUUGAUUCUUUUUUCUUUUUUUAAUUAUUGCUUUUACAGCAAACUUAUGACAGAUAUAUACUAAUUCAACUAGCAUAUUACUCUUUGUACCAAUGCUUUUUGGUGGAGUAUAAAGGAAAAAAGUGCAGAUCCUAUAAACAUGUAGCUGCUGCAUGGAGAUAUUUGUAGUUGUAACUUACAAGCCCCUGAUGUAACCCACAGUUCACCUUUAUUUUGCAUUUUUUCUUCAUUUCAUAAAAUAUAUUAUAAUCGGAUAUAGAUUUAUCCUUUCCAUGUUUUUU